AUGUCGAACCAGCCAACCUACCCCGUGUCGGAGCGCUGGCGGGUAAGCGAAAACGGCAGAGCCCUCGAGGCCCAGCUCCGCUUCCCAACAUUCAAGAAAACAUGGACAUACAACAAAGUCUUCAUCCGCUGGACGACGCACGACACGGGCGGGAUCUCUGAGAAGGACGUGGAAAUGGCAAAGAUCUGCGACGGAUACGCGGAAUCCUUGGGGGAGAAGGGGGAGGUGGCAGAUGGCGUGACGACAGGGACCGGAGAGAGCGGAUUGGUGAGCCUGGUGAAGGGGCUUCCGGGGUGA